UUUAUUUAUUCUAGCAAUACAAAAAAUUUGUUUGAGAACAAAAAAUUUUUGUUCCGAAAUAAAAAGUAGAUAUUAGAUCUUGUGCGAUGGUUUGACUGUUAGUAGCCCGAGCGAUUCUUAACAUUUGCCUACCAGAGGAGCCCCCUAAUUUUUUUUCCGAUUUUUCUGGGCCUUAAACAUCUGUCGACAUGGGCCUUGAAUGCCUACGCUGCUGGGAAGAAACUGGCCCAUGAAAUGGCAGGCGGAGACCUCUCUCACGCCGGCAGCGAGUCUUCUGCAGUUCUGCUCACCCUACCCCGAGCCCGAGGCCCGCCGUCCGGCUCCGCCGCGCCGCCACCGCCACCGCCCGCCGAACAGUCGCGCCGCACGACCCUAACGCGCGACGCCCGAGUGGCCGACGAGCACUGGCGUCGCCUUCUUGGCACUGGUGCUGCCAUCCGGCAACCGGCACCCUGACCGGCCGACGCGGCGGCAGUUCCGGCGCGGACGCGCCGCGCGAAAGCACCCGCGCCGGCCACGGGGCACCGCGGCACCAUAGCAUCGCGCCAUCCCCAUUCGCCCGAUCAGCAGCAGCAGCCAGCAGAUCUCCUCACUGGUAAAUGCAUAGUUGAUCUGAUUUAAAGAUAGUCUUUAAGAACUCUAUUACAACAUGGAGUCGUUAGUCAAGCAAGAGACACAACCGAAGCCGCGGCUCAUUGUCCGCCUUGGCGUAUUUCUUGCAUCUCACCACAUUCUCUUCAGUGUUAUUUGCUGCUCUGCAGGCAUUUUUGCGCUCCUCCUCCUCCCUUCACUUGCCAAAAAUACAUACCUCUCGGAGAAUGCUCUUAUACCUGGUUCGGCUACUCCAUUAUUUUCUACUGAAGAUGCCAUCGAAGCAAACAGAUUUAUGAAAGGAAUUGAAGCUGCGUAUGGGGAUUCAAUAGGUGGCAUAGAUAUGGCAAAAUUCAUUGCCCAACAAAUAGAAGAACUGGGUGCUGAAGUAUGUUACCAUAAGUUCCUCCCUCAUAGCAAGCAUUUUCAUCCUCUGAAGUUCUUCACCUCCAUGGCAAUUCAACCUAAUGGCACCGACACCAAUUUUGGGAUAAACACUGUUGGCAUUAUACGAGCUCCUCGAGGCGAUGGGAAAGAAGCAAUAGUGCUGGUUACUCCUUAUAAUUCUCAGAGCGUUCACUCAAAUGAAUUAUUAUCCCUCGCCCUUGGUUUCUCUGUGUUCUCCCUCUUAAGCCGAGCAGCAUGGCUGUCCAAGGAUAUUGUGUGGCUAUCCGCAGACUCGCAGUUUGGAGAGUAUGCUGCAGUCUCUGCAUGGUUAAAACAGUAUCAUAAUCCAGUAUUCCGGAGUCAUUCUGUGAUAUUAGAUACCAAGAUACAUGGUGCAGACCAUAUAUAUGAUGGCAAUGCAGAAAAGGCAGAAUUUGAGGCUUUCAAACGUGCUGGAACAAUGGCUACUGCUCUCAUAUUUAAAGUUGGUGAGACCAGGAGAUAUGGUGACAGAGAUAGUGUUACGAUGUAUGCAGAGGCAUCUAAUGGACAAAUGCCAAACCUGGACCUUCUGAAUGUCGUACACUAUUUAGCUGUUCAUAGACAAGGUUUCCGUGUGAACAUCGCGACAUUUAGUUCUCUGCUGAGCUCUGCAUGGCUUAGGGUUAUUGCUGAAUUUUUUCAUACUCUUGGGACUGUGUUAAGAAAACUAAAUCCUGACUGGAAGCUUGAUAUUGCAGUCCCUGAUUAUGUGGAGGGGACUGCAAACCUAGCUAGCUCUAUAUACAACCAGGCUAUUGGAGUGCCCACAGGAUCCCAUGGCGCUUUCCGUGAUUAUCAAGUUGAUGCGGUUUCGUUAGAAUUUACACCAACAUUCAAUUUCAGGAAUGAGAAUGCUAAAUCUUUAUUUCUUCUAAGAGGGGGAAGGUUAGUUGAAGGAGUGGUGCGUUCAGUAAAUAAUCUGCUUGAAAAGUUCCAUCAGUCCUUUUUCCUCUACUUCCUUACGUCUCCAAGCAAGUUCAUUUCUGUUGGUGUGUAUAUGAUUCCGUUUGCACUGCUUUUGGCACCCCUCCCAAUAGUUGCUGCUGCUCUUGCUGAUAGCAGUAAAACCAUGAAAAAAUUGGCAGAGAAGUCAAUAGGUGACAGUAAAACAAAUGGCAGCGCUGAUUUUCCGCAGAGUAAGGGUGGAUCAUGGAAAUGGCUUCAAGCUGCAAAAGUCUUGCUUGUUAUCCAACUCUGGGCAGUUCUUGUUUCACUACUUCCAUAUUACAUUACUCAGAUCCCUAAUGCCACACCGAUACAAAGCUCAGUGAUCUGGACUAUAAUUUCCAUCAUCAUACUGAUUGCCCUUUAUGUCAUGUCCGGCUCACCAUACUCAGCUAUUGUUGAAUGGAAACUUCUGAAAGCUACGAUGAUCACUUCCAUCUCCAUUGGACUUGGGCUCAUGUCGAUCAUUAAUUUCGCCACAGUGCAGCUUGGGGCUUUGAUAAUGAUCCCGAUGUGUCUGUUUUCUCGGCCUCUGAAGGAACGCUCUGGGAUGAAUUUCCUUCCUCGUGCAAUACUGUUGGCCUCAAACAUAACUCUUGUUGUGGUGGGUUUUCCUCCAGCUGCAUUGUUGAUUAUGAAAGGGCUGUCCAAGGGGUCCUGGACGUUAGACAUUGGAGAGUUCUGGGUUUGCAUGGAGUUCUUGUGGGAAUGGAGCAGCGCGACAUAUCUGUACCUCUUUCUUGUCCAUCUCCCUUGCUGGCUGUUGUGCAUUCAUGUAUUGCUUCACCCAUGCAGCCAAUCGGAAUGGAAGAUGAAGCAGGAGUAGCGUAUGGUCUCUAGAAUCUUUUAAUUUCAUUUUGGAAGGGUAGACAACAGUGUAGAGGAUAACUUUCACCACUUCUGAUUUGCCGACCGUUUACUUGGUUGGGAUUGGGAUGGUUCGGAACUUAUUCACGAUGUAUACUACCUUUUGUAAGAGCAACGGACAAUUUCCGUGAAUGCUUGUAACAUGUAAAAAAACAUCACGAUGUAUCCCCUUCCGUAAGAGCACUGGCUGGGACAUUUUGAUGCCAGAUUUUUUGCAAGUAAGCUGCUGGUUUUUC